UCUCUCUCUCUCUCUCUCUCUCUAGCAAGGCAAAUAUCUUAGGGUUUUCAGAAGAGACCUAAAUGCAGAAAGCAAUGAAGAUUUCUUCCUUUUCUGUUUGAAUUUCUAUGGAGUUUUGUUCUCCGAUGGUGGUUUCCCCGUUUGGUCUUCUGCUAGGGUUCCGAGUCCAAUUAGCUUCAGAAUCAAAAUCUCCAAUCUAAUGACUGACUCUGCCAGUGAAUGGCUCGGCUUCGCUGCUUUCCUUCUCUCCAUUUCGCCAUUUUUUGCUUCUUCGCAGCGAGCUUCCUCGGCCUCGCCGCUUCGUUCGCGGAAUUUUCCAUAACCGAUUUGGAUUGGAACCUCUUUCACCAGGAUUACGCGCCGCCGGCACCGCCGCCGCCGCCGCCGCACGGGCCGUCGGUCUCGUGCGAUGACGACCUCGGCGGCGUCGGCUCGCUGGACGCCACUUGUCAGAUAGUGAACGAUUUGAACCUCACCGGCGAUGUGUACAUACAAGGGAAGGGCAAUUUUUAUAUCCUGCCCGGGGUGAGGGUUCACUGCGCUACUGCUGGAUGCUUUUUAACCGUUAACAUUUCUGGUACUUUUAGCUUAGGGAACUCGUCGUCGAUUGUGGCCGGGGGAUUCGAGCUCGCGGCCAGCAAUGCGAGCUUUUUGAAUGGCUCGGUGGUGAGCACGACGGCGAUGGCGGGAGAUCCGCCCCCGCAAACGAGUGGGACGCCGCAGGGGAUAGACGGUGGGGGUGGAGGGCACGGCGGGCGGGGCGCGUGCUGCUUGGUCGACAAGAAGAAGCUGCCGGAGGACGUGUGGGGCGGCGAUGCCUAUGCAUGGUCGUCGCUGCAGAGGCCAUGUAGCUUCGGGAGCCGCGGUGGGUCGACGAGUAAGGAGGUGGAUUAUGGCGGAAGCGGCGGCGGAGCAGUGAAGCUGGUGGUUACGGAGUACCUUGUGGUGGAUGGUGGUGUUUUGGCUGAUGGGGGUGAUGGUGGGAGCAAAGGCGGAGGUGGCUCUGGUGGCAGCAUCUACAUCAAGGCUUACAAAAUGACUGGUAGUGGUCGUAUAAGUGCUUGUGGAGGUAAUGGUUAUGCUGGUGGCGGUGGGGGAAGAGUAUCUGUUGAUGUAUUCAGCAGGCAUGACGAGCCCGGAAUUUUUGUGCAUGGAGGAAGUAGUUACACCUGUCCAGAAAAUGCGGGUGCUGCUGGGACUUUAUAUGAUGCAGUUCCUAGAAGCCUUAUUAUUGACAAUCAUAACAAGUCAACAGAUACUGAGACUCUUCUCUUAGACUUUCCCAAUCAGCCUCUUUGGACUAAUGUUUAUGUUCGGAACAGUGCCCACGCUACUGUUCCAUUGCUUUGGAGUCGUGUCCAGGUACAAGGACAGAUCAGUCUUUUAUCUGGUGGAGUUUUGAGCUUUGGGCUGCAACAUUACGCUUCUUCGGAAUUUGAGUUGUUAGCAGAAGAGUUGUUAAUGAGCGACUCUGAAAUGAGGGUAUAUGGGGCAUUGCGUAUGUCUGUAAAAAUGUUCUUGAUGUGGAACUCCAAAAUGCUUAUCGAUGGAGGUGGCGAUAUGAAUGUUGCAACUUCCUUACUUGAGGCUAGCAAUUUAGUUGUUCUGAAGGAAUCAUCUGUCAUACACUCUAAUGCAAAUCUGGGAGUUCAUGGACAAGGCCUACUAAAUUUAUCUGGACCGGGGGAUAUGAUUGAAGCACAACGCCUGGUUCUGUCCCUAUUUUACAGUAUCCAUCUUGGGCCUGGAUCUGCUUUGCGCGGUCCCUUGGAGAAUGCGAGUACUGAUUCUGUGACACCAAAGUUAUAUUGCGAAAGUCAAGAUUGUCCCUUUGAACUACUUCAUCCACCAGAAGAUUGCAAUGUGAACUCAUCAUUAUCCUUUACUCUUCAGAUAUGCCGUGUAGAGGAUAUCACUGUUGAAGGCCUUGUAAAAGGAUCUGUUAUUCAUUUCCACAGGGCAAGAACUAUUGCUGUCCAUUCGUCUGGAUCAAUAAGUGCAUCGAGAAUGGGCUGUACAGGUGGAAUUGGCAGAGGUAGUGUUCUGAGCAAUGGGAUUUGGAGUGGUGGUGGGCAUGGUGGUAGAGGUGGACGUGGAUGUUAUGAUGGGACUUGUAUUAGGGGUGGCAUAUCAUAUGGAAAUGCAGAUUUGCCAUGUGAACUUGGCAGUGGAAGUGGAAAUGACAGUUCCGCUGGUUCUACUUCUGGUGGUGGUAUCAUAGUAAUGGGUUCCAUGGAGCAUCCCUUGUUUACUUUGUCCAUUGAAGGCUCAGUAGAAGCUGAUGGAGAAAGUUCUGAAGGAACUAGCAGAAAGGGGAAAUAUGCUGUUGUAGAUGGCCUUAUUGGAGGUCCCGGGGGUGGAUCUGGUGGAACGAUACUUAUGUUUUUGCAUAUAAUUGCUCUUGGUGACUCUGCUACUCUUUCUAGUAUCGGCGGAUAUGGUAGUCCUAAUGGUGUUGGCGGAGGUGGUGGUGGAAGAAUUCACUUUCAUUGGUCAGACAUUCCUAUUGGAGAUGUGUACCAGUCGAUUGCAAGUGUGAAAGGAAGCAUCAAUGCGGGGGGAGGGGUGAGUAAAGGCGAGGGAUGUUCUGGAGAAAAUGGGACGGUGACUGGGAAAGCUUGCCCAAAAGGGCUCUAUGGGAUAUUUUGUGAGGAAUGUCCUGUUGGAACUUAUAAGAAUGUUAGUGGAUCUGAAAGGGAUCUUUGCCGUCCUUGCCCAGCUGAAGCGCUUCCCAACCGUGCUGUUUACACAUAUGUCCGAGGUGGUGUUGCUGAGACUCCUUGUCCUUACAAAUGCGUUUCAGACAGAUACCACAUGCCACACUGCUAUACAGCUCUUGAGGAGUUGAUUUACACAUUUGGUGGGCCGUGGCUAUUUGGUCUCCUCCUUGUUGCUCUCCUAAUACUUUUAGCUCUGGUGUUAAGUGUUGCACGUAUGAAAUUUGUUGGGGUCGAUGAGUUACCAGGCCCUGCUCCCACUCAACAUGGCUCUCAAAUAGACCACUCAUUUCCAUUCCUCGAGUCCUUAAAUGAGGUGUUGGAAACAAAUAGAGUGGAGGAAUCCCAGAGCCAUGUGCAUAGAAUGUACUUUAUGGGUCCUAAUACUUUCAGUGAUCCAUGGCAUCUUCCCCAUUCACCACCAGAUCAAAUAAAGGAGAUUGUAUAUGAGGUUGCAUUCAAUACGUUUGUGGAUGAUAUUAAUGCCAUAGCUGCUUAUCAGUGGUGGGAGGGAGCCGUCUACAGCAUUCUCUCUGUUUUUGUGUAUCCCCUUGCAUGGUCAUGGCAGCAAUGGCGCCGGAGAUUGAAAUUGCAGCGUCUCCGUGAGUUUGUUCGUUCAGAAUAUGAUCAUUCUUGUUUACGGUCUUGCCGUUCACGUGCUCUCUAUGAAGGGAUCAAGGUAGCUGCAACUUCUGAUUUAAUGCUAGCAUAUCUUGACUUCUUCCUUGGUGAAGAUGAAAAGAGAAAUGAUCUUCCUCGCUUACAUCAGAGGUAUCCAAUUUCAUUACCUUUUGGAGGUGAUGGAAGUUACAUGGCUCCUUUUUUACUUCACAGCGAUAAUGUGGUUACAAGCCUUAUGAGUCAGGCUGUCCCACCUACGACAUGGUAUCGUUUUGUUGCUGGUCUAAAUGCACAAUUGAGAUUAGUUCGUCGUGGGCGGUUAAGAGUAACGUAUCGACCCGUCCUUAGGUGGCUUGAAACUUUUGCAAAUCCUGCUUUGAGGAUCCAUGGCAUACGCGUUGCUCUUGCCUGGUUUCAGGCCACAGCUUGUGGUUAUUGUCAUUAUGGACUUUUAGUGGAUGCUGUUGAUGAAGGGAGCAACUGGACAUCCGUCAGAAGUGUUGAUGGAGCAUUACGAACUGCACAACAGUCACAUGCGAAGAGCAUUUUUGAAGAUAAUCUAUCUGGUCAUAUAAGAGAGGAAACACAAUUAAACCAAGCUCACAGAAACGAUGGGAGUUAUACAAGGCCAAAAAGAGCAUAUGGAGGGAUACUAGAUGCUAACAGUUUGCAGAUACUUGAAGAGAAGAGAGAUAUGUUUUAUCUUCUCUCUUUUAUACUUCACAAUACUAAGCCCGUUGGACACCAGGAUCUUGUCGGCUUAGUCAUCUCAAUGCUACUUUUAGGGGAUUUUAGCUUAGUGUUGCUUACGUUUCUCCAGUUAUAUUCAUUUUCGCUGGUGGACGUCUUUCUGGUUUUGUUUAUUUUACCCUUUGGAAUUCUUCUUUCUUUCCCUGCUGGAAUUAAUGCUCUAUUCAGCCACGGACCGAGGCGUUCUGCAGGCCUUGCACGAGUAUAUGCUCUCUGGAACUUGACAUCUUUAGUCAAUGUUGUGGUUGCUUUUCUUUGUGGAUAUGUUCACCAUAGGACUCAAUCAUCAAGUAAAAAGCACCCUAGUAUCCAGCCUUGGAGUAUUAGCAUGGAUGAAAGUGAAUGGUGGAUUUUUCCGACCGGUCUUGUUUUGUGUAAAAUCUUUCAAUCUCAACUCAUCAAUUGGCAUGUGGCAAAUCUGGAGAUUCAAGACCGUUCCUUGUACAGCAGUGAUUUUCAGCUGUUCUGGCAGUCAUGAUAAAUAUUCGACUACAAGAUAAACUCAUUAACAUGCUCUUUUUUUUUCCUCUUUCAUUUGGUUCUCCAGUCACUGUUAUUUUUCCUUUUAGUCUUAUGUUGAGCGUAGGUGAGUGAUUGACAAAGAGUAAAGAGAGAAUUGAAAUCGCAAAGCAAAAAAAAAAAAAAAAAAAAAAAAAGGGUUGGAUAGAUAAACAGAGAUAUUCAAUACUGUAAUCACUUUUCAGCAAUGUGCAGUUGGUUAUUCCUACCAUGUAAAUAUUGAGCGGGUUACCCCACUAUGAUUUAGAGACAUAUUGAGAUGGACACAUUCAUUAUUGUAAUAACCUUUUUUGCCAACACUUUCCCUAUAAUUCGGUCCUUGGUUAACUUUUUGAAUGUAAUGAAACUUUCCUGGGCCGAAAGAGUAAUGACAGUGAAAAUCAUUUUGAUAUGCAAUGUUUUGCCUUUAAUUCUCCUUUUUAUUAUUGUUAUUAUUUUGCUUGUGCAUAUGGUCGCAUGAAACAUGCCAUCUACCUACAGUUCUGCUCCACAAUUCACCCCGCGAUUGAAUCUCAAGGAUAACAUUUUACGCAUCUCCAAGUUACAGCAUCUCUCUCUCCCUGUAAUUCUGUUCUGUUAUAAAUAUCAGGGAUAGAAGGUAUACGCCUCCAACACUGAAAUCCUGGGUUUGCUUAGUGGGACUCUGUAACUUUUUAACUAUAUUCUAAAAGACUAAAUCUUUGUUGCUAGAGGAACCAAAUGCUGGUCUGCUGAUCUCUCAAUGAGAGGAUUGUUCCAAUUGUCUAGAAUCUGAAGUUACCCAAAAAAAAAAAGCACACACACACACACACAAAGGGCCUCGAUGGAAAUGCCGCAUAAAAUUAAGCAUGAUUUUGCUAAUUUUUACAGGCGUUUUCCGCUUGUUGUUUUAUCAGGGCCUUUUAUACACUGGAAAGGGAAGCAAUAGAAUGUUGGGGAAACAACAAACAACAAAAAAC